AUGGAGUCCUUGAAGAAUAGCUUCAUCCCAGGGCAGCUCCUGGAUGGCCGCUUUCGCACUGUGGCCCCUCUCAAUCACGGGUCUUUUGGCAUGGUCUUCCUCGCAACUGAUAUUCAGACCGGCCGAGACGUUGCAAUCAAGUGCAUGCUAAAGUCGUCUCCGAAUGAGUCAUGGAAUCCAUCACUCAGCGGGAACCGUUUUGAGGAACUCGAUUGUCACCAACGCCUCGCAUACCAUCCGAAUAUCGUCAAUCUCGUCCAUCACUUCGAAACAGCAAAUCAUCUCUAUCUUGUCUUGGAGUACUGCGCAAAUGGCGACCUUUACGAGGCCAUCCGAAUGAACCGUGGUCCCCUUGAGACGGAACAUGUGCGCGAUUUCAUGCUCCAACUUGUGAGCGCUGUUGAGUUCAUGCACGCCAAUGGCUUGUAUCAUCGCGAUAUCAAGCCAGAGAAUAUCUUCCUCAUGCAGGAUGGUUCUAUGAAACUCGGUGAUUUGGGUCUUGCAACCCGAGAAGCCUGGUGCUAUGAGGCCUGCGUUGGAAGUGAUCGCUACAUGGCUCCGGAGCAGUACGACCCCGCCAAUAACGGAUAUUCCCCUGCCAAAGCCGAUAUCUGGGCGAUAGGCAUUUGCUUGCUCAAUGUACUCUUCGCUAGGAACCCGUUCGCUACCCCCACUGAGAGCGACAUUCUCUAUGCGGACUAUGUUAGAGACCGACAAUCCCUCUUCGACAUCUUUCCCAACAUGUCUCAGGACACCUUUGAGAUUCUAAGGAUUGCCAUGGCUGUUGAUCCGGAGAAGCGGUCGCUUUCCGGUCUUCGGGAUGGGAUCCUUCGAGCUGUUACCUUCACCACGGAUGAUGAGGUCUUGGAUGAAUUCUGCACGGAUGAGCGCGAGGUUGUGCCCGCAAGUGCCAAUCGGGAGCCUCUCCGGACUCCCUCCAUCCAGAGCCCGCAUAUCAACCAGGGCGACUCGUUCCCAUGGGCCAAGGCUCUUCAAUCCAGCCCACCCCAGGCUAUUCGACAGUUGUCCGCCAUUCCCGACGAGAGUUACUCGGAAGAUCUGUUUCCGCCUUCGGAGACCGCUGGCACUUCCUGGUUUUCUGUCCACCAAACCCCAUCCAUGGCUUCGGUUCUGGAGUCCGCUCUUGGCGAUUCGUACCCAUCUGUCACAUUUGCAAAGGCCGCUCCUCGAUAUCCGCCACCUUCGGACCCUGUGACUAUCACCGGGUCUCUUCCUAGCCAGACCGCCAAGCCUAUCCCCUCUCUCUCCAUGGUCUUCGGUCGGAAUAACAAGGCUGACCAGAUUUCCAAGAGCUGGAGCGAUCUAUGGGAUGAGGAAGAGGAGUCCGAAGGUGAGGAAGUGGCCCUGCAGCAACGACGUGAGCAGAACUCUCGUAGCUGGAGCCACGAGAGUACUUCUGCUCCCGCAAGCCACAUGGUUACACCUGGUCUGCGCGAAGCCCGAAGCAUUUCGAUCCUCAACCCCCGAUGCGAGCCUUCCUCAUCGCCUGAAGUGGCCCAUCCAUCAUCGUUUGAGAAGCCGGUAGUCAUCGCACCCAAAGUAACUCAACGGUCACCACGGACUUCUCCCAAGAAAUCUAACGUUGACAAAUGGGCUGCCCUGGGCGAUAAGAGGCGGAAUUUCAAACCGUCUGACCCUUCCUUCGAGUCGAAGCGUUUCCCGAACAACAUGACCUGGCGGAAGGAUUGGGGUCUGGGUUCCUCAGGGUUCGAUUAUGGACAAUGGGCUAAGAAGGAAAGUCUCGCUCAAGAUCGCCGUCGCCGUCCGUUCCUCCACAAGGAGUGGCGCCGUGAUUCUCUGGAGACCCAGAGACCCGUCAACAUCAAGCAAGCCAACAUCCACGACUAUCAUGGCAGCCUCGAUGAGGAUCUCGAUCUCGUGGGUGGCUGGCACGAUCUCCACCUUUAA